AUGCCUGGGCAGCUUGAGAAACUUGAGAAAUUCAACCCCCCUGCCUUUUUGAAGGAUUUCGAAGGUGAACAGCUUGAAAGAUGGUCCACCACUGUCGAUGGCUGGUUCAAUGAUGAAAUCGCUGGCAGACAAACUGGACGCUCGAUUCUGACCCAGUUCUUCAAUCCGACACAGUUUGCGUAUGACAAGACUCUCCCCCCUGUGCCCAUCACUUGGGUCGGGUUUCCUCUGAAUGUCAGGAUCACUCAGCCUACAGACGACGCGCGGUGGCGAUUUGCUGAAGAUCCAAAGAAUCAGCGUGCACCACGUGGUCGUCUGGAUCCUGUCAAGAUCAAGGGCUAUACAAAGGAUCCCAAAACGGGUGAGGAAGUGCCGUUCGAAGUCUCUUCUGACCGCCUAGAUCGCUGGGUCAUGGAUGAGUACCUUGAAUGGUCUACUAAAAAGGUCGACGGAGAUGUCGAAGUAGUCAGCUUUACCUGUGAAGGCCCCGAGUACUGGCAAGAACUGGCUAAGUACAACCCGAUCAAGGUUGAGACGCCAAUUGAGAAUGCCACUGACCAAGAGUUUGAGAGGAACGAUAAAAUCCUCAACAUCUACAAGAAGCUGAACCCCGACUUUGCGGAUCAGAUCAAGGGCGAUGAUCUUGUUGAUGAGAAAGGAGUCUACGACAUCUACAACAAAUGGAAUGGCCACACUGAUACUGGCACGAUUGCUCACUUGAUCCAGCUCAACAACAGCCUCAGUGCCGAGAUUGACAUUGCUGCACAAGCGACUGUUAGUCGGACUGACUUGGUGUAUGGGGAACCAAUCACUAAUAUGAUUACCCUUUGUGGUGACGCAUCGUCAUAUGGUAACGUGUCGAGAAACUCCGAUCCAACUAUCGGUGCAGCAGUCAACGAAGUCUGCCGCCUCGCACACAGUGACGUUGUCAAAAUUCCCGUGACCGUCUCAGUCAUGGAUCCUGUUGCGUUGUACAUUUACGACGCAGACUUUUCUUCAUUCUUACUAGAUCCUACGGGUAAGCGGCGUGGAAAUGUUCGAGAGAUGAUCCCUGUUCCUGAGGGCGUCUUUGACUGGUGCGGCCGUGGUGAUAUCACCAAGAACAUGGGUCUUCAUCUCCGAGUUUCAGUCAAGGGAAUGAAGACCACUGAUGGAAGUCGUGAGCUUAACGUCAGCGAUCUUUUCGACCAGAAUAACGGCGGUCGCUACGUACACUACGGCAGCCAGUUCGCUGACUACAUCAUCAUGAGCGUGUCUGGUAUUGUUGGACCCAAGCCUGAAGAUGCAACAGCAGAGUGGCCCGGCAAACCCCAGCCUGCGAUUACAUACACUGAGCCGUAUCUACAGAAGCCGUGGAUCGAGCCAAAGACUAUGGGAGACAAGGACCUGAUCACUACAUUCAAGAGUGGCGAGGUCAACAAGAUUGUUACCAAGUCCCAUCUUGAGGCCAUGGAAAUAAGAGUAGCGGAUCAGAGCGGACCUUCGGACUACAUGGGAAUGCCUGAGCCAGGUCCACCGAAUGGACCCGAGUACCUUUCAAUCACCCCGAAGGUGCUUUAUUGA